GAUGGAAGAUGGCAGGCAUGAGGUUUCACCUUACCCUUUUGGGAUUUCUUGUGGCUGUGAAACACGUCCAGUCAGUGGAUCCUUCUUUCAAUGAUGUCACAGAGAAGCUGGAAGAGGCUCUUUUGGAAAUUGUGAAGGAAGCCAAGUGGCUUGUCGAUGCAGCCUACAAGCAGACUCAACAGUGUUUGAAGGAAAGUCUGAAGAAAGAGCAACUCAACCCAGCAGACCUCUUCGCAUUUUCCAGACAACCCAGGGGAAGAUCGAAGGAGGCAGUCAGAGCUGCCGAUUACCUGCACAGCACCUUGGACCUCCUGAAAAAGAAGCUGAAACAGGAUAUCAUAAGGGAUUUUAAUCUCCAAGAUGUGCUCACAUCAGCCCACAAGCAAAUAAUCUACAAGGCGACUGGAUGUGCCCAGCAAGAGCUGAUCACAUGUGACUGUGAUGAGAAGAGUCCCUACCGGACAAUUACAGGCGAAUGCAAUAACAUAAGAAACCCUACUUUGGGAGCUUCAAACCGGCCAUAUGUCAGGUGGCUACCUCAGGAGUAUGAAGAUGGUGUCUCUGUCCCACGUGGCUGGACAGAAACUAAGCUGUAUUCUGGAUUUCCUUUGCCCUUGGUCCGGGCUGUGUCCAAUGAGAUCGUCAGCUUUCCCAAUGACAAGUUCACCGAGGACCAGCAACGAUCUGUCAUGUUCAUGCAGUGGGGCCAGUUUCUCGACCAUGAUUUGGAUCUGGGCCUUGCUGAGCAGACAAGGGUUUGCAGCACCACAUGCGACAAAGUGCCUCCUUGCUUCCCCAUCAAGUUACCCUGCGAUGACCCCCGGAUUGUGAACAUAAGCUGUCUUCCCUUCACCCGGGCAGCCCCUGUAUGCAAUGGCAGCUUUGCCAUUCGAAACCAGAUCAACGUUAUCACAGCCUUUAUUGAUGCCAGCCAGGUGUACGGAAAUGAAGUGAGAGUGGCACAGGAGCUGCGAAAUGGUACAAGUGAGGGUUUGAUGGCUGUCAACAAGAACUUCACAGAUAAAGGCUUGGCCUUCCUCCCCUUCCUCCCCAAUGAACGAUCAACUGCCUGCCUCGUAACUGAUCCACAGCACAAAAUCCCCUGUUUUCAAGCGGGGGACUUCCGGGUUGACGAAAUGCCGGAGCUGACAGCGCUGCAAACGCUCUUCUUGCGAGAGCACAACCGCCUGGCCACUGAGCUGAAGCGGCUGAAUGUGCACUGGGACAGUGAGACGCUGUACCAGGAGGCCCGGAAGAUUGUAGGGGCUCUCAUGCAGAAAAUUACAUACACAGAUUACCUGCCUGAACUCCUGGAUCCCAUUUCUGGGAGAAUCCUGAAACGCUACCAAGGCUACAACUCCUCAGUGGACCCUCGUAUCUCCAGCGUCUUCACCAAUGCCUUCCGUUUUGGACAUGCUACAGUCCGUCCUUCAGUGAACCGCUUGGAUGCCCGUUACCAGCUUGUGAGCCGAAUUCCUCUCCAGCGACAAUUCUUAGCUCCGUGGAGUGUCGUGAGACUAGGAGGAAUUGACCCUAUUCUGCGAGGUAUGUUGGCUAAGCCUGCCAAAUUAUUCAGACAAGACCAAUUUGUAGUGGAGGCACUCAGGAACCACCUCUUUGAACAAACUACAACUGGACUGGAUUUACCCUCUCUGAAUAUGCAACGUGGCCGAGAUCAUGGCCUGCCAGCUUAUAACGCUUGGAGAGGCUUCUGUGGCCUGUCACGGCCACGCAAUGAAGUUGAACUUGCUGCAGUUCUCAGAAAUCCAGCGCUAGCAAAGAAGUUCAUCAAACUUUAUGGGACACCCGAGAACAUUGACCUCUGGGUGGGGGCCGUAGCUGAGCCCUUAAUACCCAACAGCAGGGUUGGUCCUCUUCUGUCAUGUAUCAUUAGCCACCAGUUCAAGAACCUCCGUGAUGGGGACAGAUUUUGGUGGGAGAAUCCUAGCGUAUUCACACAUGACCAACGCAGGACCCUCAGUACAGUCUCCUUGUCGCGGGUCAUCUGUGACAACACCAACCUCAGGGAGGUACCCAGGAACGUUUUCCGGGUCAACCGAUACCCUCGAGACUUCGUCAGCUGCAAUGCUAUUCCUAGGCUCAGCCUCUUCGCCUGGAAAAAAAAAUGAAAAGAAGCAAGCUUAGGCAAACUGAUGUCAUCACAAUAUGAAGAGAAUACAGACAUGAGCAUUCAGGGUGCUCAGAAUUGGAUCCAAUCCAGUGGGAAGUUGACGUUGCACAAGCUCCAUUUGAAACUAGUGGGAACUGCUUAUCUUAGAGCCGAACUAGAUGGGACGUAUUACACGAGUCUAUACGAGUGGCCAGAUUCGGUUUUUUUCCUCACCUUCCUGUGUCUCUUUUACCCCCAAUGAACUCAUGUCCGUGGCUCUGCUCUGUGCCCGUGUCAGCAAAAAAGCGGUUUACAUUGGCGAGUGUCUGCGGACCAUAUCAUUGAGUCGCUGUUGGUGAUUCUAUUUUGCUUCUGCUUCCCUUUUCCUGCACAGAAAGGCAAUAGGGGGCAGGGGAUGGUUACAGGGGACGGUUUAAGCAUGCGCACACUGGUGGUGCAUGAUGGGAUACCACUCCUGUUUCUUGGAGGAGCACAGAAGAAACCUGUGCCAGCAUGGACACAGGAUCAAGCACAGUCUGGCUGCACUGGCAAGUGUACAGGAAAACAAUGGGAGACACAUGUAAGUUUGUUUGCAUGUUGUUCGCAUGUCAUUCGUAUCGUGUAGUUCGGCUCUUAGUUGUCCAUCCCUGAUGAUGGCUAAAUUAAAGCUCCAUGUACAGAGGUAAUCUGCCUCUAAAUACUAGAUGUUGUGGGGAAAACCAUCACUGGUAGAUCUUUGCCUUUAUACCCUGCUUGUCAUCUUUACUAAAGCUUCUAGCUGGUCAGCCUUCGGAAGCAAGCCAGAACUGCUGGACCUUUGGUUGCAGUCAGCAAGACUCUUUGUAAUGUUCUUUGCCCCAUAAUUCCCAAGGACAACAUUUCAUACGCAAAGAACAUUUUUUCCCGUUCUUGCGGCUGCCACUGAAGAGCUGCCAUCAAUCAAAAGCUGGAAUUGCUACACUCAGGAAGCUGCAUUUCACUUUGAUGCCUCUAGAUCCCUGCCAUUGCAAGCAUUCAUCCUGGAAACGUUGGGGUGAAAGAGCUCUGACCUGCCUGGCUUAUUGCUGCAAACGGACAGAUUGAAAUUGUUGCAGGAUAUAUCCUUUCCACAUCUGUCGAAGUUACAUUUCUGAAGAAUGGUUCAUUGGUCGCUUUUUUCGAGUGCUUUAGCUACUGUUGUAAUGCUCUCUGCAGUAGCCUUCCAGCAAAGGAGGCUAUAGAAAUCUAAAUAAUAAAAAAAUCAAGAUCCAGUGCAGAAGCUGUUUACCUUUCCCACCCAACCGUACUGCUGCACGUUUAGGAA